CAGGUGGCUCUUUCUCUGACUCCUGCUUCAGCCCCACCCCCUUCCCAGCAUAUAAAUCUGCCAGCAUCCUCCCUGAAUCACAGCUGGGGUGGGAAGGAGGCUGUGCAGGUCUGGUGGAGCUCAGCACACACAGCUUGAAGGAAAAGUCAGAGGAGACUCUCCGGCAAGGAAAGUGACGAUGGACCUGAUCCCAAGCUUUUCCAUGGAGACCUGGAUUCUUCUGGUCACCAUCCUGGUACUCCUCUACUUAUAUGGAACCCAUUCACAUAAUGUUCUAAAGAAGCUUGGGAUUCCUGGGCCCAAACCUUUGCCUUUUUUGGGAACUUCUCUGGCCUACCUCAAGGUGAGUGGUUCGUGGGAUUUUGACAUGAAAUGUUCUAAAAAGUAUGGAAAAUUUUGGGGGUUUUAUGAUGGUCGACAGCCUGUGAUAGCCAUCACAGAUCCAGUCAUGAUCAAGACAAUACUGGUGAAAGAAUGUUAUUCCACCUUCACAAAUCGGAGGAUGAUAGGUCCAAUGGGAUUUAUGAAAUCUGCUAUUUCCUUGUCCGAGGAUGAAGUGUGGAAGAGAGUACGAACAUUGCUGUCUCCAACUUUCACCAGUGGAAAACUCAAGGAGAUGUUCCCCAUCAUCAGCCAAUAUGGUGAUGUGUUGGUGAAGCAUCUGAGAGAGGAAGAACAGAAAGGCAAGCCUGUUGCGUUGAAAAGCAUCUUUGGAGCUUACAGCAUGGAUGUGAUAACUAGCACGUCAUUUGGAGUGAACAUCGAUUCCCUCCACAACCCACAAGAUCCCUUUGUGCAAAACGCCAGGAAGCUCAUAAAGUUUGAUUUCUUGGACCCAUUUGUUUUCUUAAUAACACUCUUUCCAUUCCUUACUCCAAUUUGUGAAGCAUUAAACAUCUCUCUGUUUCCAAGAGACGCUACUGAUUUUUUCACAAAAUCUGUACAAAGAAUGAAAGAAAGCCGCCUUAAAGAUAAUGAAAAGCACCAAGUGGAUUUGCUUCAGCUGAUGAUCGACUCCCAGAAUUCCAAAGAAAUUAUGUCCCAUAAAGCUUUGACUGAUAUGGAGCUUGUGGCUCAAUCAAUUAUGUUUAUUUUUGCUGGCUAUGAGACCACUAGCACUACUCUUUCCUUCGUUAUGUAUUUAUUGGCCACACACCCAGAUAUUCAGGAGAAACUGCAGAGGGAGAUUGAUGCAGCUUUUCCCGAUAAGGCACCUCCCACGUAUGAUGGCAUGUUACAGAUGGAGUAUCUUGACAUGGUGGUGAAUGAAACACUCAGAUUAUUCCCAAUCGCUGGCAGACUUGAGAGGGUCUGUAAGAAAGAUGUUGAAAUCAAGGGACUGAUCAUUCCCAAAGGGACAGUGGUGAUGGUGCCAAUCUUUGUUCUCCAACGAGACCCAGAACACUGGCCAGAACCUGAUAAGUUCAUUCCUGAAAGGUUCAGUAAGGAGAACAAGGACAACAUAGAUCCUUACUUAUAUAUGCCCUUUGGAAUUGGACCCCGAAACUGCAUCGGCAUGAGGUUUGCCCUUAUGAACAUGAAACUUGCUAUCAUCAGAAUUCUGCAGGAGUUUUCCAUCAAACCUUGUAACGAAACGCAGAUCCCCUUAAAAUUAGGCAAGAGAGCACUUAUUGCACCAGAACGACCUGUUGUUAUAAUGUUUGAUUCAAGAGUUGGAAAAGUAAUUGGAGCCUGAUUUUUCCUAAGGACUUCAGCUUCUUCAAGGAAGCUGUUUCCCAGAUAACCAGCAUCCUCAAUUGACUCUGUGAAUAAAACCUAUAAAUAAAGAUGGUCACAACCUAUUGCACUUGAAUGAUUAUGGCUUCUGUUCAUUCAUUUAUCUUUCUUAGUGUCCAU